ACAUUUUCCAAUCAUAGUGAACCUUGUGAAACACGUCUAGACUAGAGAAUUCACAUUAAUCUUAAAACUUAUUUCCAAAGAUCUGCAAUCACAAUGUGUCUUUCAAGUGAGUACGAUAAAAUAUGUACCUGGUGUUUUGCUGUAUGGAACAUAAUCCUUGGCCUAACGUGGAGCAUUCUGGGCUAUCUCGCUGUAAUCGGACAUGAACAUGGACUACACUCUAGGUACUACGACAUUGUGGUUUGUUUGUACACAGUUACGGUCUGUAUUUGUGCGCCCCUACAUUUGUUGUCGGGCGUAUUGAUAAUCGUUGGAGAUUGGAAGGAUAGCCAACAAACGUUCAAAGUAGGAAAAAAUCUGAGCAAUUUAUUCCCAUUCUUUUUGCUCGGGACUAUCAUUUUUCCAGUUAUACAUUUCAUUGGCCUGGGAAGGGUUUGUAGCUAUUAUGAAAAGCGCUGGAAGUGAUUUGAAUUCUGUGCAUCGCUUCCGCGCUUUCAAUGUUGUGUGUUUUAGACUAUUAUCAAGUACUUAAAUGAAAGGCAUCACAUGAAAGCUUUUCCAUGGCGCUGAUCUGGGAGCUGCCGUCAUCUUCAGCAGAUCCAUCAAUGGCUAAGGAGGCAUACUUAUGCUCCUUCUACACGGACCGCUUAACAUUACAAUUUAA